GUUAUUGUUUGUCUCUGCUGGUACAGAUCGGACGGAUGGGUGUAGCUGUGCGUUUUUCCUCCAACAAAUUUGCUCUCUAGAAAGUCACUGUAGCUGGAACAUCCGGUUAAAGAGUUUAUUAUGUUCGCUGAACUGCUAAUUCAAUCGUACGCUAAUUUAACUUUGUUUCGUUUGCCUUAAAAUCGGACCACGCGUGUCUUUUUCCGCUUACGUGUUAGGGAACCCGCUGCAUCUACGGGUCGGAGUCGAUUCCGAUUCUGCUGCACCCGACUCCCGGUCGAGCCAUGAAAUAAAUCGUACAACCCAUCACUAGUAAGUGUAGGGCGCGCGAGUGCUUUGCUGCCUCUUUGUUACCGUGCAAGUGCAAUGUGUUUAUGCUUACAUCGAUUUGUUUCCAUAAGCUCUCCGCUGUUAGCGAAAUGCGUUCGCCGAUAAUCGUUCGUUGAAGUGUUUUAUUUUUGUUUUAUGUGUGCCUGCAUGCAGUGUGUAUUACUGCUCGUGCCCAUGUGGUGGUAGUUAAGGUUGACCGACCUGCCGAAAGCGUUACGGAAACGCCACAAAGGAAAAGCAAUUCGUAGUGUUUGCUUCCCAAAACGCAUUGUUUGUUGAGUGCAUCGGUGCGUGUGUCGUACGCAAGUGUGUGUUUAUGUGUGUGUGCGCGUAUGUGUCCAUGUUCGGUGCGGACAGAAGAUGCUAAUGUCCAGCUGCAACCAUCAUUGAAGAAGCGUAUUGUUGGCACAAUGCAAGUGUUGCAGCAGUGUGUAGUUUUGUUGUAGCGCAAGUACAGUGCAUCCGGAUGCGUGUGCCUGCGUGUAGUGCAAUUUCGUGAACACAAUGGAUACGGAUCGAUGCAGCACCACCGUGCGAGCUGCAUACAAGGCCAACCAUCGAACGGAAUCCUCUUCUAGCGUGUUACGCCGCAUGGUGAAGAAGAAAACUGGAGUUCAGCUAAACGUUAAUCCAUGUCGACGACCGCAGCUGGCCCAGCACCAACAGCCUACCGGCGACGAAGAUGAACGACGAAGGAAACGAAGAAAACGCACCAUCCAACCACAACUGAUCGAGCAAACGCAACCGCCGCACCGCAUUAGCUGCCCGUCUAGAAUGCUCAGCUACGGCAUUGCUAUGGAAACGGGAAAACAACACCAUCGUCUGUUCAGUCCGCAGAGAAAGAUCGCCCAUCGUCGAGCGCAGGCCAUGGCUUGCUGUGUGGGAUUGGUGUUGCUGCAUCUCAUCUCGCUUGCUGCAUCAACGCCCAUGUUGAUCAAACCGGAGUACUGGCAGCGUGUGGCGUCUGUGGGUCGUGCAAUGGCAAAGGAGAAUUUUGGCACAGAUGAGCAUCGAUUUCAUCCUUCCAAAGAAUUCUCACACUAUGGUAGAAUAACGCCCCAGCUGCAACAUGGCCGGCAUAAGCGAUCCUUAACAGACACACGCGAAGAGAACGGGCUUCACGCGUCGCAUUUAACAUUAAGUUAUACAUUAAACGAAGCUGAUGUGAUAUUAGAUUUACAACUAAACAAACGGCUUUUACCGGACGGACACUUUCUUAGCUAUCAGCUGCCGAACAGUACUGGCAAACAAGUCGUACGAUACAACCGUCCGGAGGAGGUGGAUCUUUGCCAUUAUCAGGGCAAGAUACGCGGCAAACCCGACUCUAGGGUGGCAAUUUCAACGUGCGGUGAGACGGCAGGCAUUAGAGGCAUGAUCAUCGAUACCGACGAUACGUAUUAUAUCGAAAGUCCACCGGCGACUGUAAAAAGCCACGGUACUAACAACGAAACGGCAAGGAUCGACCUUGGUGAACACUUUAUUUAUCGACACGCAGAUUUAGUUCCCGCUGGACCGAAUGGUGGAGGUCACCGAUGUAGCUACGCGGGAGGACACAUCAACGCAACCCACGAUCCAGAGCUGUACCAGCAACAUAUGGCAGCAACACCGAAGCGCGAGAAACGUGCCACUUCGUCCGGCUCGUCUUCGCCCAAGAUCCGCGGUCCGUACAAUGCGAAUAAGUACUCGAGCUACGUCGAGCUGGUGAUCGUGGUGGACAAUAAGAUGUUCAAGACGAUGCGUGAAAAUUUCAAAGCCGUCCAGCAGUACUGUAAGGAUAUAACGAACAUCAUCAACGCACUGUACGAACCGCUGAACAUCUUUGUCGGGUUGGUCGGUGUGGUUGUCUGGAACGAGGGUGACGAGAUCGAGCUGUCAAAGGAUGGCGAGGUGACGCUGAAAAACUUUCUGCACUACCGCAAGAAAACGCUCAUGAAGGAUCAUCCGAAUGAUAACGCGCAGCUCUUUACGAAGGAACACUUUGACGGUGGUGUCGUAGGCAAAGCACUGAAAGGACCGAUCUGUACGUACGAGUUCUCCGGCGGUGUGGAGAUGUAUCACAGCGAGAUCAUCGGUGUGCAGGCGACGACGGUUGCGCACGAGAUGGGUCACAACUUCGGCAUGGAGCAUGAUACGGCCGAUUGCGAAUGUCCGGAGGAACGGUGCAUCAUGUCCGCAUCCAGCUCGUCAAUUGCACCGAAGCACUGGAGCCGCUGCUCGAUCGAUCAGCUAAGUCUAGCGUUUCAUCACGGCAUGAACUACUGCUUGAUGAACAAACCGGAGAGUCUUUUCGAUUCGCCCGUCUGUGGCAAUGGGUUUGUGGAAGCGGGCGAACAGUGCGACUGUGGGCUGCCAGACUACUGUGACAAUUCGUGUUGCGAUCCGCGCACCUGCAUGCUCCACUCGAACGCAUCCUGCGCGACGGGUGAAUGUUGCGACUUGCGGACGUGCAAACCGAUGGUGGGUGGUACGGUUUGCCGACAGGCGGACGGUGAGUGUGAUCUGCCCGAGUACUGUUCCGGUGAAUCCGAGUACUGUCCGGGUGAUGUGUUUAAGCGCGAUACGGAAAUUUGUGACAAUGGCAAAGCGUUCUGUUACCGCGGUACAUGCCGCUCACAGAAUGACCAGUGCCGAUUGCUCUGGGGUCCGACCGGGAAAUCGUCCGAGCAAUGCUACGUUAAGAAUGAGGACGGUAGCAGACAUGGAAACUGUGGUUACAAUCGAGUGAAAAACGAAUACGUCAAGUGUGACGAAGCGGACGUACACUGUGGGAUGCUUCACUGUCGCCAUUUAAACGAAAGGCUCGAGUUCGGUAUGGAAUCGGUGGCAAUACUGUCGCAUAGCUUCAUGACGUACAACGGUAGUGUAAUACCGUGCCGGACCGCAAUCGUCGAUCUUGGGUUGCAGAAGGUAGAUCCGGGCCUUACGCCAGACGGUGCCAAAUGUGGCGAGGGAAAGAUGUGCCUCAAUCAGAUGUGCAUGUCGGUGGAGAAGCUGAGGGCCAGCGGUAGUGGUGCCGCAUGUCCGGAAAAUUGUAACGGCAAGGGUGUGUGCAAUAGCGAGGGUCACUGUCAUUGCGAGUCCGGCUUUGCGCCGCCACUUUGUAACCUUCCGGGGCACGGAGGAUCACUCGACAGUGGACCAGCAACCGAUCCAAAUGCUACCGCUGGAUUCCGUCGCUUGAUGUACAUUUUCUUCUGUGGUGUUGUGCCAGUAUGCACCAUCUUCGCCUUCGUCGUAUACUAUCUACGCAAUGGGCAUACCUUCAAUGGCAAACGCAAACCGCCACCGAAUGCCUUGACAACACACAUUAAACCGGACGGUUCACAUUCGGCCAGCUCAACGCACACAAUACUGCCAUCCUCACCGAAUUCACCGGACUCGGAUAUGAAUGCGGCUCUGCUCCGUCCCUCGUCUACGGCCGGUAACGCAGUCGCACCGAACGAAUCGGACUUUGUGGCCAACAACAAUAUGUUUGGUAAAUUUAAAGGAUUCACCCUGCAACCCCUUCCCCAGUCCACGGUUGGCGGCGUCCCGGGUGUUCAUAAAAAGUCCCCCAAGGUGGCGUUCGUACAGCCGGUCGCUAAGUGUAUUGAGGAUAUGUCCAUCAAUGCUGUCCCAGCCCGUGCUGCACCUCCCGUACCCGUACCGCUAAAAACGCUAGCACGUGACAGUAGCAAUGACCGUAGCAAUAGCUUAGAUAAUGUAGCGACAUACAAUACGGCAGGUAACAGCGUGUCAGCGUUUUCACAAGCCCGCGUCAACGGGUGCAAACUGGCCAACCACGAGCAUCAGCUAGACAAAUCGGCAGCACCGGCAUUACCGCCGGCCAAUCCCGGCUCUACCGCCCGGCCGAUCAUUUCCAGCCCGAUCCUCGAAUCGUCUACCUCGCGAGAAUUGGUGGUGGUGGCUGGCGUCACGCAAAAGACAUCCUCCAACGUUCCUAUCCGACCUGCACCAAUGCUUCCACCGGCGACGGCCACCAACGAAUCCCUGGUGGUUACGAAUCCCUCCACAGGGAUCCCGUCCGAUACAUCGAGCACACUGUCCGCCGAAGUGCUAAUCAACCCUGUCAGCAAGGACAAAAAGGCGAAGGAAAGCAAGCUGAAUCGCAUUACGUCGUAUUUGAAAAAGGAAGAGAAACCUCCCAAGCCGGAACCGAAACAACUGAAGGUGAUCGAUAAGGAGAAGCUACGUAACAUCGACAUCUCCGCACCGAUACCGAUCGAUCAGAAUAAUCCGGAGCUGGCGAAAAGUAUGCCUGGCUUGGCCGACAUUAAUACAUUGAGCGAGGAGAAGCAACCGCCCCUGAUAGGAGUAUCCGUGCAGCGUGCUAAAAGCAUGCGCGAUCCAGAAUCGACCGUUGGAAAUGUUUCGCGCAAGGUACGCAUCGUUGACGAUCGUUCUGACCGGUCGGAAAAUGGUUCGAUCGGUAGUGGUUCGUCGGGUAAGAAGGGAACCGGUGCUGCUUUAAAGCGACCGCAAAGUAUGGUGGGCACACGGCCCACCAUCCCACCACCGAGACCACCCGUACCGGCAGCUGUUACUCAAACGACGGCCAUGAAAAUUCCCGGCGUUCCUGGUUAUCAGAAUCCUCCUCCACCGAAAUCGGUUAGAAUCAUUACGCCAACCGGAUCGAGGGAGGGCGCUAAUCAACGGCACGAGUAUGACGACUGUCGUGACAGUGGAAACGGUACUGGACAUUCUUCGCUCGGUUCGGACAACAUCUACUCCGUGAUCGAUGAAUCGCCCUCGCCCCCGAGCGCCCUUUCGCCACCGGCUAUUUCGUCCGGAGGCAGUUCGGAGAGUAUGGGUUUGUUGGGCGAAAUCGUAAACGAGAUCGAGAGUCGCAACGGUGACUCGGUGUACAUUGCGUCCACGUUGCGUCGUGGUGAGAGUGGAAGUAGGAAAUCUUCAUCUACCGCCAGUCACCCGGCAACGACGGUGGUAGCGGCAAAUGUGACCGCCACAUUAGCCUCACCGGAAGAUGAUGAGCCGACGUACGUAAACACGUCCGAGAUACUUGACGAUGAUGAUGAUUUCGAUGCGACGGAAGACGACGAUGAUGACGAGCUGGAGGAUGACAGUCCGUUGCAGAACCGAAACUCGGGUGUCAGCACAACGUCCAGCGGUUAUUUGCGCCCGUCAGCAAUUAACAGUACGCCGAUCGCUCGAAUAACACCAUCUACGAAUGGCACGGUACCUACGGCGAAAGCACUAUCGACAGGUAUAAGUAGCUUCAAAUCCACUGUACCGGUGGCGGCUGUACCAUCGAAGGUUGGCCAAACUAGCAACGCCACAGGCAAUGUGUUAAAUCAAAUAAAAUUUCAAGGUCCCAUCAGCAGUAAGGAACCGUCGAAAAAAGCGACACCAACGAACAGCAUCAAUAACGCCACAACAAAUGGCACUACCGGUACAUCCUACAAACCGUACCACAGCGUACUGACGAACAAUGCACGCUCCGGUUCGGUGGUGGCUGCCGCAAAAGCCAAAAUAGCAUCGGAAAAAUCAAACGCAACGCCCGCCACCAGCAUUACCACCAAAAAACUGCCUUCACAAGCGAACACAUCCGUCCGCACGCGUACUCCCUCGCCACGGGGUAGCAUUGCCAACGGUUCCCUACCGAAUGGGACCGUAACGGGGAAAGUGCCGGUACCACCAUCGACCACGGUGGUGAGUGGAAAACCGAAAACGGCCGCCAAACCAACGCCAGCAACGAUCGGCAAUGGGAAACUAUUGACUGCUGCCGCACGUCCCGGUCCAGGGAAAGUGUCCAACGUUGCUUCAUUGCAGCAAAAGUUUGAAGGACGAAAGUAAACGAUUGGAGCACAGUAUGGGGCAAUAGUGUUAUCUUCUUUUUUCUUGGUUUAACGACCUCUAAGGUCACGCCGGCCAUUUCUGGCUUACUAGACUUGUUUUGCCACAUAGCCGGAUAGUCAGUCCUUGGCACGUGGGGGACACGGUCCGGAUGGGAUUGAUACCCGGUAUUGCUGUGCGGAACUGGUACCGUUUAACACACACACAUCUCCGGACCGCCCCUGUGUAGUGGACCUGGCACUAGUGUUAUGUUCCUUUCAAAUGGGAAAAUAAUGGGAGAUGUUCAGCGUUGCUACAACUGCCGUAAAUUUGUGUUGGAAAAGGAAUAUUAAUUUUUAAAUAGUAUCUUAUGAUUAGUAUCCGACAGAAUGAGCUGGAUGCCAGGAUGUACGAACAGGAAGUGUAAUCUUCUUCUUCUUCUUCCUGGCUUAACGAUCUUUAAAGAUCACGCCGGCAUAUCUGUAUUACUGGACAUAUUUUUACUACGUAGCCGGAUAGUCAGUCCUUGCUACGGGGGGAUUUGAUACCCGGUCCAGUCGUGUGGAACCGGUGUCACCCCAGGAAGUGUAAUAUGGAGAUUAUUUAUAUUUUUGCCUUUGGUACGAUGGUUGAUAGGACCAAUUAAUUAGUUUUAUCCUUUAUUUUGAGUAGGCAAAGAAACAAAAAAAAAAACGCUGCACUUCAGUGCGUGAUUAAGAAUCGUGCCCAAGAUAUGCAGUCUUAUCAAA